GGGCGGAACGCGUGAAGUCGCUGCGCGUGUUUCCGCCCGAGCCGUUCUCGCGGGUGCGCUCUGUGGUGCUGGACGGAAAUGGUGAUGUGUGUCAUUAAAUGUUGUUAAUGUCGUGUAAAUAUCGGCUCGACUGGACCCCGCGGGGAUUUCUGUGAUGAACGAGCGGCUCCUUGAGUAACUCCGGUGAAGUGUGUGCGGAGCAGCUGCGUCCUCUGAUCUCUCUGAAGCGCUUGUGGAUUGAGCGGACGAUGACCUCCAGCCUAAAGCAGACCGGCGGAGAAUCCGGCUCGCUCGCUGGCUCUAACGGGCUGAAUGGGACGAAGCCGUCGGAGGUGUCCCGGAUGGCGCUGGGCGUUCAGGGCAAAUGUGCGGCGUACGUGUUGGCCCUGCGGCCGUGGAGCUUCAGCGCCUCCCUCACCCCUGUGGCUCUGGGCAGCGCUCUGGCCUACAAGCUGGAAGGCUCGGUGGACCUCCUCGUCCUCCUGGUGUGUGCCGUGGCCGUGUUGGUGGUCCACGGGGCGGGGAACUUGGUGAACACCUACUAUGACUUCUCCAAGGGAAUCGAUCACAAGAAGAGCGACGACAGGACUCUGGUGGAUCAGAUCCUGAAGCCGCAGGACGUGGUGAUGUUCGGAGCAGCGCUGUACUCCGCAGGAUGUCUCUGUGCCACGCUGCUCUACUUCCUGUCCAGCCUCAAACUAGAGCAUCUGGCUCUCAUUUAUUUCGGAGGACUGUCCAGCUCUUUUUUGUACACUGGAGGCAUCGGGCUGAAGUACGUAGCUCUGGGGGACGUGGUCAUCCUCAUCACCUUCGGUCCCCUGGCCGUGAUGUUCGCUCACGCUGUGCAGGUGGGUUACCUGUCGGUGCUGCCGCUGGUGUACGCCGUGCCGCUAGCGCUCAACACCGAGGCUAUCCUGCACAGCAACAACACGCGAGACAUGGACUCGGACAAGCAGGCGGGCAUCGUCACCCUGGCCAUCCUGCUGGGGCCAGCGCUGUCCUACGUCAUCUACAACCUGCUGCUGUUCGUGCCCUACCUGCUCUUCUGCAUCCUGGCCACGCGCUACACCAUCAGCAUGGCUCUGCCGCUGCUCACGCUGCCCAUGGCCUUCCCUCUGGAGAGACAGUUCCGCCGCCAGUGCUACGCCAAGAUCCCGCAGAAGACGGCCAAGCUCAACCUGCUCAUGGGACUCUUCUACGUGUUGGGCAUUAUACUGGCACCGCAGGGUAGCCUGCCCUUACUGUGAGAGAACUACUGAUUUCUUAUUUUAAAAACUUUCUGUUAGUGCUGUCAAAUGAUUAAUCACAAUUAAUCUCAUCCAAAAUAAGUGUACAUUUAUAUAUCAUAUAAAUUAUAAUAAUAUAAAUAUAUAGAUGUAAAUAUUUUUUAAACAUAUACAUACAUGCAUGCAUAAUAAAUAUAUAUGUUAUGUAAACAAAACAUUUUAUUUAGGGUGUGAUCAAUAGCCAGUAAUCGUUUGACAGCAGAACUUUCUGUUUGUUUUAAACAACUCUAGAUACUUUUGUAUUUAUAGCGGCAAUGUUAAUGGGAAGUACAGAGACUUUAAUUUAUUGUUUUUAAUUUAUGUUUUGGGAGUGGGCGAGUGCCCAGCACAUCAGUAUUGUCAAAACAGACCGAUCUGGGAACGAAGAAGCCGAUUGUAUACAGUACAUUUCCAUAAUAAUAAAUGGUUUACUAGUGAAUUAAAGGUUUCCGAUAUAUAUACAUUUAGGGCCUUUCUAAUUGUUUGACAGCAGUAUCCUCAUGUUUUUAUAAACAUGGACAAAUUAUUUUUUAAUGACGUUUUUGAUGUACGUUUGAUAAAUCUUCCAUGUCAAAUCUCAAGUCCCAGCGUGGUGUUCAGCUGGUGAGUAUUUCAGCGUUUAAUAAUUCUUUAGUUAUAGUGCCAUUGGCUUCGAUGGGUUUUGCCAAAUGAAACCUGAAUCUGCCAGAACGGUGUAUUUGAAUAGAAAUGCUUCUCAGUUUGAUCUUCUGUAUAGACAUAAAGGACAUAAUUCAAUGCCGUAUUAUCUUUCCAAAAUAAAGAAUAUUCUAAAUCAA